AAGAAGGGCAUCGAGACCGAACUCGAGACGCUCACUGCUGCCUUGUUCGAAGAAGCUAACAAGGUAGGUCUUUUUGAAUAUUCAACUAUUAGUUUCUGGUCAAUGCUGACGUCUAUCUAGAUGGUAGCGGCUGCAAAGCAAGAGAGAGAAGUAGUCGAGCGGAAAAACGAACAGCUACGAGCCCAGAUCAAAGAUACAGAGCUGUUGCUGGCCUCGCACCAGGAACAGCUGGCCGAGCUCAAGUCCGUCAUCGAGCAGAUGAACAGCAGACACGACGACCAGGACACCGCUACAACAGCCACCUCCAUCAGCUCACCCUCGGAUCCCUACCCUGACCAGCCUACCCCCAACAAUGGCAAUGGCAACAACCACAACAUCAACCGUCUCUUCGAAGCCAUGAACCUCUCUCCCGUCACGCCUGGUUCAGACGAUAUCCCCCCUGCUCCUCCAACAAGCUUCUCUCACCUGCUCAAACCCGUCUGUCGAACAGACAUUCUCGCCUACGAAGACUUUAACACCCUUUUGCAGCUCUCUCGCUCCCGACCGCCCAGCCGCGUCGGCAGCGGCUCCUACAGCGGCCUCAACGUCAUGAACCUAGCUAACCUCACCUCUUCCCGUCCCAAAUCCACCACCCACACCCCCACAAACUCUCAGGACACCAACCACAAUGGCAGCAGCAGCAGCAAUGUCAACACCGGCAGUCCAGCAGCAGCCAGCUCGUCCGUUGCUUCGUCCCCUUCCACAUCUCACGGCGGCAUCUCUUCCUCUCCCCGAGAAAACAUCACUUCCUCCAUGCAGCUCAAGGAAACCCGCUUCUACAAACGCAUUCUCGCAGAGGACAUUGAGCCCACGCUCCGUCUCGACAUGGCACCAGGCAUAUCUUGGCUCACUCGCCGCUCCGUCAUGAGCAGUCUCGUCGAGGGUGAACUCAUCAUCGAACCCAUCCCUACUAACACCUCAUCAGCCAAUUCGGCUACAGACUUGCCAUCUCCCCCAUCAACACCCUCAAGUAUGUCGAGUACAUCCACACCCUGUGCACUGUGCGGUGAUAGACGGACGACAGUCAACCCGCGCACCCACCGUUUUCGUACUUCGAGCUCCGACUCGGCCCCCAAACAUGCUUUGUGCUUGUUAUGUUUAGAAAAGAUGCGGGCUUGCUGUGAGUUUGUGGGAUAUCUAAGACUGGUUGUCGAUGGACAUGUUAGGACCAGUGGGGAUGGGGAGGCAGAGAUCAAGGAGCGGGAGAGGGAGGCUUGGGAGGAAACCGUGCGGUUGAGAGAGAGGAUCUUCUGGGCUAGGAUCGGUGGUGGUGUCGUCCCGGCUUUUAUCUCUGGUAAGAAGGCAGAAGACGACAGCGCGAAGGAGAAGGAGAAGAUUGAACAGUCUGAUGAUGCGCCGCUUGUCAUCAAGGAUAUCACUGUUACUUCUCCAGUGGAUGCUAAGGAGACACCUGUAUCGACGCCGACGAAACCAGAGGCGGAAACAGAGACUACAGAACAGCUGGCUUCAAGUAUAUCCACGCCCACUCCGACGCCUACUCCGGCACCCGCUGCUGAAACAGAACCAGCAACAACACCAGAACAGCCAACAGCACCAGCAGAUACUCCAUCCACAUCUACACUCUCAGCACCAACAACAGCUACUAUCACUACUCGCAGCCUCUCCCUCUCUCCAUCACGGUACAGAUCUCGCUCUCCGUCUCCCUCUCCCAAGCCGGCUCCAUCUUCAAGACCAGCAACUGCAACACUACCCACACCUACCUCUACCUCCCAGACUCCAAGAACAGUCCUACGCCGUCUGAGAUCUGUACCACCGCCUUCUUCAACCCCUCCAUCCUCAUCCACAGUGACUUCACCGGAUACCAAAUUCCCCAAGGUCAUGCCUGUCUCUCUUCGUGCAAGUCUGACCAACGGCACAUCUACUACAUCUACUCUGUCCACGCCCGACACAGCACCAGCACCAGCAGAAGGCAAGCUCAAGGUGAAGAUCCCCGCUGCUUUUUUGCAUGAUAAUUAGCACAUCACCAUGUCAUGACCGAUUCACAACAUACAUGCAUAACAUGCAUGCUACGUACAGCGUUCUGUUCCUAAAAAGUGAAUGAACAUAAACAAAAGCAAGACGAAAGACCGUUUUUCUACACCAGAAGAAGCUGAGCAUCCGUUUUGAAGAAAUUGAUGAUACCCCUUACCGACCUCUUACCAACCGCUUGAGACCACGCCAUUCAAUUCUAUUACAUUCUGUUGCAUUGCAUUCGAUUCGAUUCUGAUUCAUUGCCUUUGAUUGUUACUGCUAUUCUUAAUGCUUCAUAUCGGCCCGUCUGGGCUCGAUCUCGCUCGCUAUCAACCAUUUCCUUUCUCUCAUACACAACUUACUUAACAUACCGCCCAUUAGCCACCGCCAUACCACAGGCAGCUGAGGUUCCCCUACCUACCUGCUUCCUUUCUUCUCCUUCUCCCUUCG